AUGGGAAUGAGAAUAACUGCUGUUCACAGAGGAAUAUCAUUUUAUCAGAGUUCUUGGAUGGAGCCAUACAUAAGAAAGAAUACAGAACUUCGAAAAACAGCAACCAACAGUUUUGAGAAAGACUUUUUCAAACUAAUGAAUAAUUCUGUAUUUGGAAAAACAAUAGAAAACAUAAGAAAAAGACAAAAUAUAUUUAUUAUUGAUGAUCGUAAAAAAGCUUCAAAAUUAACAAGUCGUCCUAACUUUGAUAGAGCAACAAUAUUUGAUAAAAAUCUUAUUGCGGUUCAUAUGAAAAAAACAGAACUGUAUUUUAACAAACCAGUAUAUGUUGGACAAGCAAUACUUGAUCUGUCAAAAACAUUAAUGUUUGAUUUUCAUUACAACUAUAUUCAAAAGAAAUAUAGAGACAAGGCUGAGUUAUUGUUUACAGAUACCGACUCGUUGUUGUACCAGGUUCACACAGAUGAUUUUUACAAAGAUAUAUCCUAUGAUAUAAAAUCCAAGUUUGACACCUCUGAUUAUCCUCCUGGUCAUCCAUCUGGUAUUCCAACAGGAGUUAACAAAAAAGUAAUAGGAAUGUUUAAAGAUGAAGUAGCAGGAAAACAAAUUACUUGUUUUGUUGGAUUGCGACCCAAACUUUACAGUUUUAGAAUAGAAGAAGAUAAAGAAGUAUGUAAAUGUAAAGGAAUAAAGAAAAAUGUUGUAAAAAAGACAAUGGAUUUUGAUGAUUAUGUUGAUUGUUUAUUUUUGGGUAAAAAGCAAAUGAGAUCGAUGAAGAUUAUAAGAAGUGAAUAUCAUGAUAUUUAUUCAAAGGAAGUUAAUAAAAUAGCUCUGAGUAAUGAAGAUGAUAAACGCACGGUGAUGUUUAAUAAGAUAAAAACGAUCGCUUUAAGAUAA